AAAAAAAGUCAUUGCGAGCUGCACCAAAGUUUUCUGUGUCUCAUAUCUCCGCCCCUCCAUGUAUGUUACUGAAACCUGAAUCGGCCUGUAUUUGGUGGCCUACACUCUUCUGGAAAACUGUGCAUCUAUGAAAGAACCCACAGAUGAAAUGGAGAACACGUCCAAGGAGGAACCCUCCAAUGGGCACAACAGGCCCCUUGACAUUGUGCCCAGUACAGAGGAGAAGAUGACAGAGAGGGGGCAGUGGGGCAACAAGCUCGAGUUUGUUCUGUCAGUGGCUGGAGAAAUUAUAGGCCUGGGCAAUGUCUGGCGUUUUCCUUACCUUUGUUAUAAGAACGGAGGAGGUGCCUUCUUCAUCCCAUACCUCAUCUUCCUCUUUGCUUGUGGGAUCCCGGUCUUCUUCCUGGAGACGGCUCUGGGUCAGUACACCAGCGAGGGAGGCAUCACCUGCUGGAGGAAGAUCUGCCCUUUGUUUGAAGGAGUGGGAUAUGCCACCCAGGUGAUUGUUGGUCUGCUAAACAUCUACUACAUCAUUGUGUUAGCCUGGGCCAUCUUUUUCCUGUCCCACUCCUUCACGUGGGACCUGCCCUGGGCCUCCUGCAAUAACACCUGGAACACAGAUUCCUGUAUGGUAUUUCAGAGGGGGAAUAGCUCCAUCAAUCACCAUGAGAACGCCACCUCUCCUGUCAUUGAGUUCUGGGAGCGCAGAGUUCUGAGGAUUUCCUCAGGUAUCCAUCACAUUGGCUCCUUAAACUGGGACCUGGUUGUCUGCCUCGCCGUCGCCUGGGUCAUCUGCUACUUCUGCAUCUGGAAGGGAGUCAAGUCAACUGGCAAGGUGGUUUACUUCACAGCCACCUUUCCGUAUGCUAUGUUAGUGAUCCUGCUGAUCAGAGGGGUCACCCUGCCAGGAGCCUCCAGGGGAAUCCACUUCUACCUCUACCCUGACCUGGGACGACUGUCCGACCCACAGGUAUGGAUGGAUGCCGGAACACAAAUCUUCUUCUCCUAUGCCAUCUGCCUGGGCUGCCUCACUGCGCUGGGAAGCUACAACAAAUAUAACAACAACUGCUACAGGGAUUGUCUGUCGCUCUGUUUCCUAAACAGUGGCACCAGUUUUAUUGCAGGCUUCGCUAUCUUCUCCAUCCUGGGCUUCAUGUCCUACGAGCAGAACAUACCAAUCUCAGAGGUGGCUGAAUCUGGUCCAGGUUUGGCCUUCAUAGCCUAUCCCCGAGCUGUGUCCAUGAUGCCUUUCUCCCCCCUCUGGGCCUGCUUCUUCUUCAUUAUGAUCGUAUUUCUGGGUCUGGACAGUCAAUUUGUCUGUGUGGAAAGCCUGGUGACGGCCAUGGUGGACAUGUAUCCUUCCACCUUCCGCCGUAAAUACCGCAGGGAGCUCUUCAUCCUGGCAGUGUCCGUGGUGUCCUUCCUCAUGGGCCUAAUCAUGCUGACGGAGGGAGGAAUGUACGUCUUCCAGCUCUUUGACUACUAUGCAGCCAGUGGGAUGUGUCUACUCUUCGUGGCUGUUUUUGAGACUCUUUGCAUCGCUUGGAUUUAUGGUGCUGACCGUUUCUAUGACAACAUAGAGGACAUGAUUGGUUAUCGUCCGAGUCCCAUCAUCAAGUACUGCUGGCUUUUCUUCACCCCUGCCACGUGCUUUGGAACCUUUGCGUUUGCAUUGAUCAAGUACUCACCUCUGAAGUACAACAAUGUCUACACAUACCCGUGGUGGGGGAAUGGGUUGGGCUGGAUCCUGGCCCUGACCUCCAUGCUGUGUAUCCCUCUCUGGGCAGCAGGGAAACUGUAUUACACCCCUGGGACACUGAAAGAGCGCAUUGCUUUCUUGACCACUCCUUCUACUGAGUUACCAAAGACAAAGCAAGAGCAAGAGAAGCUGCUCGCUGUCUUCGCAGCAGAUGGCGGGAGCCUCCAUCAGAAGGCCCCUCCUAGUAAGGAUGGUUAUUUCCCCGUUGAUGAAAAAGAGUCCCACUGUUAAAGGCCUGAGUGUUGAAAUCAGAGGCUGGUGAGGAGGUCAAAGGUCACUUCUUAACUUUGACACUCCUGUCCCAUCUCUCUCUGGAAUACAAAGUCCAGUGACGUAACAUGCACAGAUGCCGAGUUCAAGAGUCAGCUCACCUGUAACUGCUGAUAUGCUGCUAGAGGUUUCCUUUCUACGCUGCCUUCAAUAUACAGUAUCCAAACUCUUACUUAAUGAUUUACAAUACAUUAUCUUUAGGAGCACUGGUUAUCAUCUCAUUUGCCACUGGCAGAGUUACAUGUACAUUUGAAAAAUAUGGCCAUGUGUUGUUUACAUUGGAUCAUGUCUGCUUUCUAAGGAAGCAUUGUUUUUUUCAGUUCGAUUAUUGAUUCUAACAGCUGUCUGCUGCAGAUGGAGAACAGGACACCCACUUGAAUAAAAUCUUUGUGUGUUUAAAUACA